AUGUCGUGGUUUCCCUCACGCAUCAGCAACAUCGUCCACACACUUGUGUACUCCCUCCCGUCGCCGAAUGAGACGAGCACAAAUAUCACCAACUCCACCAUCAAUGGGACGAUCGCCAAUGCAACCGCCAUCGCCUCGGAAGAGAAGCUGAAGAAGGAGGCGCUCGUCAUUCCCCUUGCCUUCGCCGGAGGGAAGUACGGCGCCGUCCUCGCGAUUGUCGCUAUUCUGCUGAACCGUAUCCACCACGUCGUCCAGCGUCCGCGCCCUCCGCCGCCGCCCCUUCCCCACCCGCCCCUAGGAUGGUACCGUGAUCUGCGGCACCGUGUCUCGCGCGCCCUGACGUCGCCCAAGACGCCCAGCUACCUGCGCAUGCCAGGACUGCUGGCACUGGGCCGUGCGUGGCUCUUGUUCUCGGUCAUCACUCUACAGGUCGCGAACCUGUGGCCGCAAAACCUCGUGAAGCGUCUCGAGGCCGCGCACUGGUCGGCCGGACCGCUGACGCCGCUCGUCGCCCCCUUCGCGCACUCGCUCGCACACACGACCGAUCUGCUCGGAUCAUGGGCGGGACAUCAGGAGAUGGAAAGCGUGUGCUGGAGCGUCUUCCUCUGCGUCUGCAUCGGCCUCAUCUGCGAGGCGUUGGCUAACGGCCUCGAUCGAGCAGACGCAGGCGCUAGCUUCAACCUGUUCGGCUUCUCCUUCCUCUGUCACUUUUACUCGUCGCCCGUGACACACCAUUACAACCCGCCCAACGUCACACACGGACGGCCAGACGUACAUGCCUUGUUCCAGCUUUGGCUUGGACUCACAGAGGUGAGCUAUCGAGCUCUCGCAUCGCUUGAGGCGCAACCAGCUGCUGCCGACUGGAGUUUGCGGGGCCCUUAG